AGGGGGAUCUCACACACGCCGAGGUGACGUCGACUGCGCCGCGUCCGAUAUUUGUGUGGUUGUUCUGCGGAGUGGCAGAAAAUAGUGCUCGUGAUCCACGCAACCAGUAGUAAAAUGUGAACAGGAGAGGGCUGGAGAUGUGUGUCAGGGCUGGAUAAAAGGGGAGGCACCUGUGAGACGGCUCAGGUCAGCCUACCGCCGUGUCAAGUCUGCGCUCAUCAGUGCAGUUUCAGACAUAUUUGACAAACACAGGAGUCAUCAUCCGAUCAGCUUCAGCCGCUCCACAUUGCGUGUUGUCACGGACUCUGCGUGUGAGGUGAGCUGUGACUGUCCCCUCUUUGUCUCUCCGUGCAUCUGCAUGUACCGUGCGCAGCCGGGUCUGUCGGAGAGGCGCUGUGCUCAGAGACUGUGCUGCACUAGGUGAACCCAUGGCUUCUGGCCCUCCAUCUCUUUCUAGAGGCCACCAGCUCAGGCUGGUUGAGUUGAUACUUGGGCCUCUGCUGGUCCUGCUGGUUUCUGGGCUGGGACCAGCACUGGGUCAGACCAUCUACACCAACCAGUGGGCUGUCCACAUACCUGGAGGUCCGGAGGAAGCUAAUCGAAUCGCAACUAAACAUGGCUUUGUUAACUAUGGACAUGUGUUUGGAGAUUAUUAUCACUUCCGGCAUCGUAUGGUGGUGAAGAGAUCACUGUCAGGUCACAGGGGGGCACAUGUCCGUCUACAAAAGGAUCCCAAGGUGACUUGGGCAUUGCAGCAGGUGGCCAAACGGAGAAAAAAGAGGGAUGUUUAUGCAGAACCUGUAGAUCCCAAAUUCAGAGACCAGUGGUACCUGUAUAACAGCAACCACCGUGACUUGAAUGCCAAAGGUGCGUGGCAGUUGGGAUACACAGGUAAAGGUGUGGUGGUGUCCAUCCUGGAUGAUGGAAUAGAGAAGAAUCAUCCUGACCUUAGCCAGAACUACGAUCCGGAUGCAAGCUACGACGUAAACGAUGGUGAUUCAGAUCCUCAGCCCAGAUACACGCAGCUUAAUGACAACAGACAUGGAACACGAUGUGCAGGAGAAGUGGCAGCUGUAGCCAACAAUGAUAUCUGUGGAGUCGGGGUGGCUUACAAUGCCAAGAUCGGAGGUGUGCGCAUGCUGGACGGUGAGGUGACUGACAUGGUGGAGGCACAAUCUCUCAGUCUGAAUCCACAGCACAUCGACAUCUACAGUGCCAGCUGGGGCCCAGAGGAUGAUGGCAAAACUGUCGACGGGCCCGCCAAACUCGCCAAAGAAGCCUUUCUGCACGGAGUUACUGAGGGCCGUGGGGGCUUGGGCUCCAUCUUUGUAUGGGCUUCUGGGAAUGGAGGGAGGGAAAAGGACAGCUGUAACUGUGAUGGCUACACCAACAGCAUCUACACACUGUCCAUCAGUAGCUCCACCCAGAACGGUAACGUCCCCUGGUACAGCGAGGCCUGCUCAUCCACCCUCGCCACCACAUACAGCUCGGGGAACCUCAAUGAGAAACAGAUAGUGACUACAGACCUCAAAGCAAAAUGCACAGACUCCCACACAGGCACUUCUGCCUCAGCCCCACUCGCUGCUGGGAUCAUCGCUCUUGCCCUUGAGGCCAAUAAAAAUCUGACCUGGAGGGACAUGCAACAUCUGGUUGUACGAACUUCUCACCCUGCCCACCUGCUCACCAACGACUGGAGAAACAAUGGGGUUGGACGCAAAGUUAGCCAUUCAUACGGAUAUGGUCUCCUUGAUGCCGGUGCAAUUGUAGCACUGGCAAAGACAUGGACCAAUGUAGGGCCGCAGCGAAAAUGUGUGAUCAGCAUGGUCUGUGAGCCCAGGAACAUUGGCAGCUACUUAUCGAUCAACAAGACCGUGGACGCCUGCUUUGGCACAGACGCUUACGUGACGUCAUUAGAGCACGUCCAGGCCCGCCUCACGCUGUCCUACAACCGGAGGGGAAACCUGGCUAUCCACCUCACUAGUCCUGCUGGCACACGCUCCACGCUGCUCCACCCCAGGCCACAUGACUACUCAUCAGAGGGUUUUAAUGACUGGGCUUUCAUGACCACCCACUCCUGGGAUGAAAAUCCAACUGGCGCAUGGACUCUGGAGAUAGAAAAUGUGGCUGGUGCCAGUGACUAUGGCACUCUGACCCAGUUCAUUUUGGUGUUGUAUGGCACUGGCUCUACAUCGUCCACCUCCUCUGAAAAGUCUCAGCCUAGCAACGGCAGCUGUAAGACUUUGGACCUGAGACAGAUAUGCAUUGAGUGCAACGCUGGCUACUACCUCUUUGAACAGAGCUGUGUGAAAGAAUGUCCAGCAGGCUACUCUGUGGGCUCCCAGCCUCUUAACUACACAGUGGGAAACUUCAUACAGCCAGCCUCCGUCCCGGCCUGCCUGCCCUGCCCUGAGCCCUGCGUUACCUGCAGCAGCCUCAGCUCUGAUGCCUGCAUGUCCUGCCCUCCUCAUAGCUACCUGGAUUCCAUCCCUGGCACCUGCCUCCACCUCAACCAGAUAAUGCGAGAGUCCCCUGGCAGCUUCAUGGUGGGCCAGGGGACCCGAGAAUCGCAGCUCGAGCUCAGCUCCCGGCUGCCCAUCACCAUUGCCGUGCUCAGCUGCAUGGCUAUCAUCGCCACCUUCGCUGGCAUCUUCCUGCUGCUGCAGCUGCGCUCAGGCGCUCUCAUUAAGCUGCCUUCCCUGGAGGCUGGCGGUGGCCUUGGUGGCGGCUUCAGCCUUGGGGGGAAUAGGGUAGUCUCAUACCGUGGUAUCCCAACGGUGUGGGGGGAUGAAGGCGUGAAUUCAGACUCAGAAAACGAAGAGUUUGACGUCCAAAAUGAGAGGACUGCCUUUAUCAAAACACAAAGUGCUCUUUAAUCCCUCCUCCUCGUUUCCUCUUUAUCUCCUGCUUUUAAAAUCCUCUCACCCCAUUUGUCUGAUAAUUCGGGGCUGUGGUACUAUCUUCUCACAGUCUUUCCUGGUUUUAUCUCUCAUCCCUUUUUGUUCUAUCUCUGUCUCACUGGGCUUCAUCCGAGUCCUGCUUCAGGAUCUCAUCUUCCCACUCUGCUCUGGGAGACCUGAUGUGAAGCCGCUGUCUCUCAGAGCUCAGGAUGUGCCCGGGCUCACUCUCUUCACACUUGGGUGCAUUUCUAUUAAACUGGCCCUCUCCCCCCUCAUGCCCUCGAUCACUAACAGUGUCUGUCUGAGCAGAGUCCAUUUUCCCCUCCGGCUCCACCUACUUUUUGUUACAGUAAACAAAUGAUUAUUGUUUGCUUUCUUCUCGUCUGCUUUUUCCAUCAGUCUCAGUGCAGUAGCCAAAUGAGAUUGCUGAAUGGGUGUAGAUGUGUGCGUGUGUCCAGAUGCAUGUGUGUAUGUGAGCAUGUAAAUCUAAUGAACAGUGUAGGGUCCAUCGUAGACAAGCUAAAACCGGUCACAUCUAGUUCUUAACUUACGAAGUGACAGCUAAAAAUGAUAGAACAAGGCAUGAAAUCUGAUUUAGAAACAUUGAUUCUUGCUGAAGUGUCAUUUAGUAAAAGUCAGCAUCCGUAAUCCAUCUUUAGGAAAACAUUUAUCUGUAGUGAUUUGCAUUUUUCAAGUACAUUUGAAAUAUGUGCAAAUAUACAUAUUGACAAAUAAGACUUAAUGGCUUAUAAUGACAAGUCACCAGUCAGAGAAACAAAACAGACCAUCUGAGAGCUUUCUGUCAUCUCUGUUUGUGUUGUGAGACAUUAAUUCUGUUUGCCUGAAACAAAAUGCAGUCACUUUUUAAUCUGCAUUGUUCUAGGUGUGAUGGGGGAUCUAGUUCUUCCAUUGUACACACAGUCUGGAAAGAUUUCUCUCAGUUCUGGCAGAACACACUGUGAGUCACACAGCUAACAAUGCAUCUGUAACCCCUUUGGGAUUUAGGAUGGACUGAACUUAUUCUAGAAAUUGAACCUUUAAAUUCGGUAUCUUUCUGAUGUCACAUAAUAUCACAGACAAUGCGAUAUAGAAAACAUGCACAGGUUAUUCAAUCAAGCCUUAGGUACAGCCCUUUGUAGAGAUGUUUUCGUUUCUGUGUUUGAUAUGCUCACAACCCGGGGCUGAAGGAAGCAGCUGAAGUGCUGAUGGGAGUCGGAACAAUAUGUGAGGGUUGAGCACUAGAGCUUCUCCAACAGCAGGCAGGGUGAAUUAACUGUGUGUGAGAUUUUUGACAGAACAGAUAUAAAGGCUUUCCCUGUGUCAGAGCACAUUAGCCUCACACUCACACCUUACACAUGCAAUGUAUCAUGAGGCGUAUGCGUCAAACUUCACUUAUUCCUUGAUGUAGGGAAAUGUUUAUCCACCUGGUGAAGCUAAGAUUUUCCUCCCUUCUUCAUCUCGGGCCUCUCUUCUUUUCUUCAAGUCUUCAAUAUUGUUUAGAAAUUCCUGCACUGAGACUCCACACUCAUCAGCGUCUCACCCUCGAGUCUUCAUCUAAUCUGAAUUUCAGAUUAUCUCUUCAGAGUUCUCACCAAUUAAUUAUAUUCUGAAUGAUACUGGAGCAACUAUUUAUUCACAGAAAUUUUGAUCAUACCUUUAGGGAAGAUUGUUUUAAAGCGAUUUUUCUCCAGGGCUGGUUAUCACCAACAAAUGUGCAUCACAUGAUUUUAAUCCGAUGUAGCCCUAUCCACUGAUCUUUUCUUCUUUGCUGAAAUAUUUUUUUUUUUUCAUCUCCGCUAGAAGAAAUAGUGGAGCUUGCUGUGAGAGGUUGUCAUGGUGAUGACGUGCAUACAAAACUGCAGCUGCUCAUCCUUUUAUCUACCUCUCAUAUCAUUCAGCAAGGUUUCAUAUGCAGCUCUUCAAUGAUAAGAGGGCAAACUCAAUAAAUGGCCAGAGGUAUAAAAGGUCACCUGGAGAGUUUUAAAGUAGAAGUGAAAUGUUUAAAAAGUGAUACAACAAAUUGCAAUUCUCACACUAAAUUGCUGCUACUCCUUAAAUUCUGCCCCCCCCUUUUAACUUUGUUGCCUUGAGACAAACAAAACCUGUCUUUAAAGAGUGUUACUGGAACUAGAAUUGGUUGUUUACAGAUUGUGUUGGCUUGCGCUUAAAUCAACAUUGCCCACUUUAAAUUGUUUUUCUCACAUGUCUCACUCAGUUCCCAUCCAGGAGGCUUUAUCUGAGACCUCUUUAAGUUUCUCUCACUGACAAUCAACUAGUUUCUUUUCUUUGUUGAGGGUGUGGAAAUGCGGAAGCACACAAACAAAAUUGAUUUUAAUGUAACCACUUGUGGUGGAAAGCUUUUUAGAGGGUAUUAUUCAAAAAUAUGCAGGGGCAAAUGAGACUGAAAUUGCAGAAGCAUGUUCAGAGGUCAUCUAAUUACUCAGAAAAGCAAAAGGAUUAAAGAAAAGUAAAGCUGCAGAGAACCAAUACCUUCCAAAAGGCCUUUCACAAGGAUAUAGAAGAGAGGUGUGUAUGCUUUCAAACAGCACUGAGCCAGGAAGCUUAAUUCAUCUCAGAUGGCUGGUGCAGGUGUAGCACAUUUGGCUUAUCAUGGCAGUUUCAGCCAGGAAGCACUAAACUGGAUUGGAAACCACCCUUAGAAUGUGGAUUUAGAGAAAUGGCCUCAACGGGAACAAAGCUAAAUGCAGCUGCAGGAGGAGGAGUGUGUGCUGCAGGGCUUUGUGUGAUGUACAUUAGUGCCCACUGCCAUUUAGGCUUUGAUUAGCCUCUGUUUAAGGGCAAUUCUAAUUUAAAACUCUAGUAAGUGCAGCCUCAAAGUUGUGCCGCAAAAUCUUAUUUGACAUCCCAGCUUGGUGUGAAGUGUGUAAACAACAGAUAAGUGGGCUUACGCAGCCCCAAAUUGCUUCCAUAAAUUAUUUUCUUAAAUUCUGGAUGCUUGCAGUUUACUUUUUAACAACGAUAUGCGGGACUUUGAUCAGUUUUUUGCAAUUAGUUUUGACUAAUUGAGGCUGAGCCUGGUCUGCAUUAUGCAUCUUCCCUCUGGAACACCACCAAUUAUGUCUCUUCCAGAAAGAAUGAGGUUUCUCCUAAAGUGCAAAAUACUGGGGGUGUUCUGACAAGUUCAGUGCCCCCCGAGUGUACACACACACACACACAAAAUGAUUUAUUCAUCGCAGCUUGAUGUUGCAUUCUCUUAAGCGCAAAAAGUCAGAAACUUAUAAACUACAAGCUCUGUGCAUUCAAGUGUUCAACUAAGAGAAAAUCACGAAUGCAGACAGCGUUGGCGGAAUCCCUUCAGUGAGUGGACGUAAUGGAAACACACACUAAAAAAAAGGAGAGGUUCUAUAAUUGUGCCAGAGAGCUCUUGCUUGGUAAUUAUAAAGCAGCCACUUCACAAGCAGUAAAGUGUAAUGUCGAAAGCAGAGGGGAGAAAAAAAAAUCUGUCAUUUGCUCAUUUUCUCCGCUGAAUUUUAAAGAAAAGGUUUCUAAUGGGUUUGAUGGGAGCCUUUCUUCACACGGUUGAGCUGUUAAUUCACAUGGGGCUCGAUGUUGCUGCAGUCCUGCCUUAGGAUGUAGUGUGAAGUGAUCAGUACAAAGUCAGUGGAGUUAAUAGGAGCAAUAUCUUUGGCAUAACCAAAGACAAUCAUUUUAAUGCUGUCUGUCUAGUGUUAAGACAUGUUGUUUUCAGGUUCUCAUUGAUUCCUUCACUUCUGUUCAUCAUUCAGUCAUUUCUGCCUUUGUGAAGAUCUGCAGACACCCUGUAUGUUCAGCAGCUGUGGAGGAGGUAGAAUGUAUCCCAUCUCCAUUAACUUAAGGGCUGAAUCAGAUCUGUGUGCGUCCGUGUGUGCACAUGCUCAUUUAAGUAUAAAGCAAAACACUUUGUUGGGGGUGGGGGGUCGGUUCUUGGAGCAGCCUCAGAAGACUCUGUUGUCCUCCUCCUGCCUCUGAGUGAGGGUCCUGGCCUGUGGCUGCACACAGUACCUUACAGAUUUGUGACCUAUGAAUAUUGUACAAGAAUGACUAUCUUACUUGGGACAUAACUCUAAAAUAAGGCCUAUUUUUGUACUAUAUGAAUGGUGCAGUGUAAUUUUCUGUAAUUUAAAGGUUUUUUUGCUCUUGUUUUCUCCUUUUUAUUUAAUUGAUGUCAAUUAUAGAUUCUACUAAAAUAAAGAUCUAUGCAAAUUUCAA